GCUGGUUUGAUCACAAACAGAAACCAACUGCCGCCAUAUUUUGUGCUUCAAGCUCUCAGGGAUCUACCAGGAAUGGCUGGAUUAUACAUGGCCAUUAUUUUUGGCAGCUCACUGAGCACAUUUUCUUCAGGUAGCAUUUCAGACACAUUAUUAAAUAGCCCAUAUUCUUCAGGUAGCAUUUCAAACCCAUUAUUUAUAUAGUCCUAUUAACUGUGCCACACUAAAAAUUGUAGUGUUUUUAUCUUAAAGUUUCUUUGAUUAUGUUUGUUAAUUUGGGCAGUUAAACGUUUUCCGUUAAAUUAGUAAAGUGUGGCAAUGUGCCACUAUAUAAGAGAAUCCACUCUCAUAGUGUCACUGCUAUGGGUAACCCCAAGCACGUACACAUCCAUUAUCCAUGGUCAUUCAACGUAACACUCAGCCGUGUACUGGCCUUAAAUUUUAUGUAGGUUAUUUAGACGCGGGAAUAACCAUCCCUGCUACGGGGUUGACCCAUGGUCAGCUCGGACGCGGGUUCCCUGUGACUGUGUGUGUGUGUGGGAGGGGGGGCGAACUGGGACUUGAGGUGUGUACAUUUUUUGAGAUUGUGGUGUGGAACGGAUGCGUCGGGUCGAUGGCAGGUGUGAGAGAUUUUCCUGUCGGCUCUGUCAACGCAUUGUACCUUUUACAUUAAAAGCUAUAGUUCUCAGACCUGAUUGUUAUAUUUUGUGAUUUCAUUUACACUGUAAGCUACGCCCCCACUCGGCUACAAAAGCAUAUUUUUAAAUUUUUUGUAGGAAUUAACGCCUUGGCCGCUAACACAGUUGAGGAUAUUCUCAAACCCAGUUUGAGAAGGGUCAAGGAGAGCACCGCGACACUUGUAACUAGACUCGUCGUCUUCGUCUUCGGUAUCGCCAUCACCGGCCUGGCGUACGGGGCGAAGACUCUGAAAGGUCCCGUCACACAGAUGGGUUUCUCCGUCAUUUGGGGCUUAUGGGGGGCCCGUUGUGGGAGUAUUUUUUCUAGGGGCGUCUGUCCCAUGGAGCAACAAAUAUGGCGCCAUGGUAGGGGCUACCGUCGCUCUGGCCCUGAACCUGUGGCUCGCCAUCGGAAACCAAUGUCAUGGAAGUGAAAUCAGAGCACUGCCCGCCCCUGCCGUGGAUCUGUGCUUCGGUAACAGAUCUGUACCAUUCGACAACCACAAGCCAAAUACUGUUUUGAAUAAUGUUACAAGCUCGAUAAACCCGUUGUGGAUGAUGAGAAAGCAGCAAAACGUCUAAGUGGAGAUUCCUACUCAUCCGGAUAUUUCAUGUAUGACAUUUCCUGUUUGUGGUACGGAGUCAUUGGUUUUCUGACAUCUUUCCUCAUAGGAUCGGCCGUCAGUUUUGGCUGCAACAGACUACGCAAACAUUCAAGGCCAGAUUCAAGGUUGAUUUUUCCAUUCAUCCGUGAGCUA